AUGUCUUUUUGCGGCAGUGGAUCUGCGGAGGGCGUGGUGAGCGUGAACGGGGUCGUCGGUGGCAUGGACUGCAUGCCCCUGCGACCCGGGCCGUUCCACUAUCUGAUAAGCGAGCAGGCCAAGUCGUUGGUCGCCCUACAGGAGCUGCAGAAUGAGGUCGGCGCCCUACUCGAGUUCCGGGACCUCGUCAUCGAAACGUUCCCAAACCUCCGGGACAAGAUGGCGGUCACGGCCGGGGCCUCGACUGCUACGGGCGCCUCCUCCCCUGGCAACGGCACAGCAUCCGUCCUCAUGUCGUCGAGCCAGAGUUCCCAUAUACCGCUGCCUCUCUCCAGUCAAAGCCCGUCGUCGCGGCGGAUGGGAGAGUGGGAACCCGGUAAGGUGAGGCGGCGCGUGGCGCAGUCGCGCGAGAACGAGUCCUCGUCGUCGUCGCUGCCCAGGAGCCGGAGCAACUCCCAUAGCGGCGGCAACAAGCACAGCGCCACUGUACAGGAUUCGGGAUUCAGCACCGAGACCUCCUCCAAGGACAGUGCCUCAACGGCGAUACCGAGAGCUCAGAGCCCGAGCGGUCGGCCGGUACUCGACGAGGCCGAGGACGAGCUCUGGAAUCUCCUCGAUGUCAUACACAGAAAAGGCGUGAGACUCAGAGAGGAGGUGGAAAGCCUUCAAGAGUCUCUCAAUUCCGCCGGGGUCAACUGAUCUUGUGUAUCUGGUGCAACAGGUCGGCUGGAAAGCGUGGCGCCGGAGGAACUGGAGGUGCCGAGCGACAUCCUAGAUGCGGUGCGCAAUGUCAGCCGGCACUCGGAGCGGCUCGAGGACGAGCUCCUUCUCGAGGGUGAAUCUGCCACUCAGGUGGUCCACCUCCAGCGGGAGAAGCUUCAGCUGCUGGACAAAGUGGCGGAGCUCGAGGCCGAGACGAUAUCGAGCAGGGCGCGUGCCCAGGAGCUGCAGUCCGAGCUCGCGGCUCUCUCGGCCAUCAGGAGCGACCUCGAGGCAAGGCUGCGAGGGGCCCCCGAAGCCGGGGAGGACGGCAUCCUCGCGCCGGGCGCACACAGGAUACAGCCGAUUGAGCCGACGGCGCCGACGAACCUCCAAUCACCGAGGGGCGGCGGGACCGCCCUAAACAUCAGGAGCAAGGGCUCGGCCUUCGCGAGCGUCCACUCCGGAGCCGCAGCCAACGGUAAGGCGCAAAAGAAUAGGUUUAGGACAAGGACAAUCGAGAAGAACGUAUUGGCAAACGUCGCGGUCAGCCGCUCUAUCGAGGAUGUCCACGUUGCAUCCGAGGCUGUGAACGAGAGGCGAGCACGACUCGGAGCCCUCGACUCGGUUCUCGUGUCGCCGACGAGACUCAUCACUCAGGUGCAUCGCACCGAGGUCGACACGCGUAAGAUCGCCGCCAUUCUCAGGGAGCGAUCUCCCCUCGAGCUUCAGCGACAUCUUAUCACCACGACCGUCCAUAAUCAGGUUCUUCAAAAACGAAUAGAUGAAGUAGAAAAAAGUAGUGAAACGCUCUCCGAACGAUUAGGGAAAGCACACGAAGAAAAUGAAGAUUUACGUUUUCAAUUGGCGGAGCGAAACAUCGAGCUUGAGGGGACGCGGGCGCGCGUCCGCGUUCUCGAGCGAUUGCAGCAACGUCCGAUCACGGAGAACGACGCGGACGACGAGUCCGAGCCACAGGGACAGCAUCACGGGGUCCAGCAAUGCUCGGAGCCCGGUGGCGCCAGCAGCAGCGGAAGCGGCAGCGGCAGCACUAGCGCGACGAGCCAGGGCGGUGGCCCCGAGGCCCAGCUCAAGCCCUCGCCACGAAGGCGUCCCAGCCGCAUUCCCCUCCUGGGCGCGACAAAGAGCGCGGCCCCAAAGCCGCCCUCGGCGCCCACGGGACAUCGGCGCAACGACAGCCGGGAUUCGCUCAAGUCCCUCGGAGCCCAGCGGCCCAACGGCAAUCCCUCCCUCGGCUCCGGGCGGCUCGGCUCGGCCCGGCUAGGUCGCGACUCCAGUCGCGAGUCCCUCGGCAAAAACAGUCUGCCCAGGGCCCAGGGCCAGCCAGCGGCCAAUCGCUCGCUACAUCGCAACGGUUCCGCCGGCAAGGAUUCCCUCGGCCGCCAGCCGGCGAACGGCUCGCUUCCCCGACCGCGGGACUCGCUCGAGAGCGGCGCCGGGCCUCAGACGCCCGGGACGCCGCCACGGAGGCCACCCGCGCCCGCCCGGAGGUCCCAGAGCCAGGCGGCGAGGUCCGCCUCGGCGACUGUCGGUGACAGCGGCGCCGACACCGGCAAGAGCAUGCAAUCCUCGAACCCGCCCAGUUCGUGGCUGUCGUCCGAGGUCUCCCUCUAUCCGGACUCCCUCAACUCGAUCGGCCAUAAGGUCGCGAACGAGGAUCGAGUGAGCGAGGAGGGGACUUCGAGGCGCGUGGAGUUCAUCAUCGGCUCGCCGACGCGCAAACGGCCGUUUAUGGCGCCCUGGACGGUGUCGCUGUACUUCGAUAGUAUCGACACCGGAGGCACGCGCGAGAGCUUAGCCGACGAGGAGGAUGAGAACGAUAACGAGGACGACAACGAGGACGACAACGAGGACGACAACGAGGACGAGUAUCCAUCGAGGCAGGGCGAGGCGCUCGCCGAUCGUGACUCCCUCGAGUGCGACGAGGGGCUCGCGAGCGACAGUUGA